AUGGCACUGCCGACUCUUACAUCGUUACCCGAUUGUGCGAACUUCACUCUUAGCGUCCAGCCAUUUCUCUCUCAAUUCAAUUCGCUGCACACUCGGGUUCUUGAAGCAGGGCGGGAUUUUGAAGCUCUCAAAUCUAUCUAUAUCGCAACAAACCCUCUUGUAACCGCUGUCGCAUUCUCGCUGUUUCUCGUGCCGCUGCUCUUAAUCGUGUCAGAAAUUAACAGAAAUUACUCUCAAGUCGAUCGUUUAUGGAGCAUUCUUCCCUCUGUCUACAAUGGCCAUUAUGUUCUGUGGUCUUUCAUGAAUGGUAUCUCGACUGAACGCACUUGGACUAUCUUUGUCUGCUCCUCAAUCUGGAGUGUACGUCUGACUUACAAUUAUUGGAGAAAAGGCGGCUACUUGAUCGGCUCUGAAGAUUAUAGGUGGACAAUUGUGCGCGACAAAGUCAACAAUGGUUUCAUCUUUUUCCUGUUCAACAUAGUAUUCAUUUGUCUAGUACAGUCCCUUCUUCUCUUGUCAAUCACCACCCCAACCUAUAUCUUCCUUCUGUCAAGCACCGUCAAAUCUACACCGGCAUUCGGAUUACCUGAUCUCGCCUUUUCCCGGGCUAUGAUAUUCUUUAUUGUCCUCGAGUAUUUUGCCGACCAACAACAAUGGGACUUCCAAACCGCCAAACAAUCCUACCAACGAACAGCUAAAGUUCCGCCAGAGUUCAAAGAUGUUUUUUCAGCCGACGAUCUCAACCGCGGGUUCGUCAUCAGUGGACUUUGGUCAUGGUGUCGCCAUCCCAAUUUCGCUGCGGAACAGGCUGUUUGGAUCACACUAUACGCAUGGUCUUGCUAUACGACUCAGACAUAUGUGAACUGGAGUGGGAUCGGCGCGUUAUCAUAUGUUUUGUUAUUCCAGGGAAGCACAAUUCUUACCGAAUCGAUUACGGCUAGCAAAUACCCUGAGUACGAUGAUUAUCAGUACUUAGUGGGGAAGUUCAUUCCUAUUCCAUGGCUAGGUUCCGGGCAUGAGGCUAUGUCAAAAAGGAAGAAAAAUUCUCACAAAGUCUCGGACGAGAAGAAGGUAGAAUAG